AGUUCACAAUAGUCUCCAGCAAUGUCAAGGCGUUCGAGUGGGCUCUGUUCGUAAUUUAAGUGAUACUAUUGGUGGACAUGUACAUAUGUCACUGCAACUAAGAGCUGUCAUAUUGACAAUGUCAGCGCAAGUUUAUUUACCUUUUCCGGGUUUGCACAAAUGAAAAGAUGAGCGACGCCAAAUACACACGGGCUAGGAGCCGAUCUAGAAGUCCCGUGGGAAGUCGAAUGAAAAACCAUUCAUCAUCCAGCCAUUCCCGCGGACACGAUCGCAGAAGACGUUCAGCAUCGCCAAGAUCUAGAUCAAGGUCUCGAUCCAGGGAACCCCGCGAACGCAGGAGAGAAUAUCAUCAGGACGAAAGGAAGAAAGAUGGACACAAAUCGAUAGACGAAACUAAAGAACGUUGGCCACACGACAAAUUCUUUGAAAAGGACAAACACCGGCGAAAGGAUACGAGUUUUCAUAAGUCGAAAAGAUCUCAAUUUGAAGACUUUUUAGAGUCUCGGCGUUCGCAGCGAGAAAUAAUCGGAGCUGAAGGUAUCCAUUCUGUUUGGGGAAAGUCUCCUCCGCAUCCAGAAGCGUCUGACGAAGAUGAAGCCAAAGUAAACAUCGAAGUAAAUUCGAUUCCCAAAAAGAAGAAAAAAGAAAAGAAAAAGUCAUCAAAGUCAAAGAAGAAAUCAAAAAAAUCCAAAAAGAGGAAGAAGAAAAAGUCAAAGAAAGCCAGAUCUAGUUCUGAAAGUGAUUCUUCUUCAUCAGAAUCUGAGGAUACAGAAGAUGUCUGGGUUGAAAAGAAGGUCGAUUCAAAGAAGAAGGAUCAUGAUUUCGGCGAAAGUAGUAUAAGUUUGAAGAAUAGCACUGCAACUUCAGAGGAAAUAGGACCUGUUCUUAGGCAAACGUCUGGUUUAACUCACAAAGAUUUCGGUCAUGCCUUGCUACCAGGUGAAGGUGCCGCAAUGGCCGCAUACAUUGCUGAGGGUAAACGUAUACCACGACGUGGUGAAAUCGGUCUAACUUCUGACGAAAUUGAGAAGUUCGAGAGCGUGGGCUAUGUAAUGAGUGGUAGCAGACAUCGCCGAAUGGAAGCUGUUCGUAUCCGUAAGGAAAAUCAAAUUUAUUCUGCAGAUGAAAAGCGAGCAUUAGCUAUGUUCAGUAAGGAAGAAAGGCAGAAAAGAGAAAACAAGAUUUUGUCACAGUUUAAAGAAAUGGUUAACUCAAAACUUAAGUCAGAUAAGUCUUAAGGAUAUUCAUAGUGUUAUUAUUAAAACGAUUGAAUAAAAACAAAGUUUGAAAAUUUUCUAAA